GAAGGGUGCAAAAGACUACAUCAGAUGUUAAGCUUUCAACACUGCUUUAAGAUCUACUUUUUCAGGGCAGUUCAGUGAGUCACUUGCGUUGAGGGCAAAUGUGAAGCUCUUGUGCAGGUUUUCCUUGCUUCCACAGUGGAAACAGUGACCCACUACCUAUGUUGAAGGAUGUCUACUCGGGGAAAGAAUAUCCAUCUGAUCGGUGGAUCAACUCUGGAGAGUAUUAAUGUCAUACGGAACCACUCCAAGCUCCUCCGAGGAGAAUGCACGAGAUUGAUCGAGGAUUGCAGCAAAUCUUGCAAGCGCCUGGAGGAUGAUGACAGCGAGAGGCUGGAUCAACGCGUCCAGGACAUUCACUUUGUGAAGAAGGAGCUGGAGCUGAAGUUGGAGGAAAAUAUUUUGGAGACAGAUCAGCUUAUUGCAGUCCAGAACAGAGUGACGAAAGCUAUCGAGUCCUGCAAGGAGCCUCUUCGAGUCACUCUUCUCUGUAUAGAAGAGAGAAAUAAACCCGCUGAGAAGGUGAACGAUGAAGUAUGCAUGGAGCUGCUCAGGGAGGCUGACCUCACAAAGGGAGUUACAGCCCUCAUGCAGCGCGUCGUGAGGCAGAUCGCUGAACAAAUACGAUUGAACCAAUCGGCCAAAUUCCAACUUGAACAGGAUCUCAAGGAGAAAUAUGAGGCGCAGAAUUUAGAUUCAUCCUGUGCCUCAAUGACCCCGCAUUCCCUCAUCAACACAGAGCAAACUUUAAAUGGCAAGCCAGUUUCCUCCAGUUCAUCUGUGACACCUGUACAGUGGGGCAACCACUCUGAUUUCAACAUCGCUAAGGCAGAACAGCAGAAGAGAAACUCUGUUUCCCUGAGGGCCCUGGUGGAGUCUCUGCUGGCACAAACUGCCUCUGAUAUGCAAAAGCAAUUCCAGGCGACAUCAGCAGCCUUUCAAUUCAAUAUCAAGCAGUUGAAGACCGUCAAAAGUCAUAUGGAGGACCAACUCACCAAGGUUUUGUCCGAGUUUGCCAGUCAGCAGAGAAACCGAGACGAUCUCUUGGUGGCAGUCACAGAGAAUGAGCAUUUCUUGAGUUUGGCUCAGGCAAGGUUGGAUGUGCGUCAGCACAGGCCUCCAAAAGAGCAAUGCCAUGAUCCAGCACAAUCACAGCUCCUCACCGAGGUCGGACAGCUUGCCUGUCAAAUCAACAAGUUGCAUGAAACAGUGGAGCAAUCUGAAGAGCAGCAGAGGGCGCUGGUCCGCUGCCAGCUGGAGCUGCAACACAACAUUGAGGUCAAGGCCAGACUCCUCUACGUUGACGAUGUCAUCUGCGGCCAACUCAGGAAGCCUAUCGUCAUACACAACUUCUGACACCCUUUGUGUACUUUUACAGUGUAGUUUAUCAAAACAUUUUCACAAAGAUUGAAGGUAUCUACUGUAUCUAUAGUACUCGCCAAAAAUAUUGGUCAAUUUCUUUCUUUUUGUUGUUGUGGACUGAAGACAUUUGGGUUUCAGAUCACAAGAUGACUGACACAAAAAUUCCAAAUUCCAACUUUUAGUUCAUGGUGUUUACAUCUAGAUGUGUUAAUAGCUCAGGACCGAGUACCGUACCUUAUGUUUCAAGUGAGCAAAAGUUUUGGAACAGACAUUCAAUUAACGUAAAGUGAAUAACAUUUCACAUUUGGUGUUGCAUGUCAAAAUAUCGGUGUGGUUCUAGAUGGGUACCCGAGGUUGUUUGUUGCUUGUUUUUUGCCCCAACCUGACUGACCUCAUGAAUGAACAUAAAGAUUUACAGCACAUAUGAGAAGAGUCGGGUUCACCGGUCACAUCCGGCCUGUCCAGAAUUUCUGCAGCCUUGAGAAAGUCAAACUACAAUGUCAAGCAACCUCUGCUUUUAUUUUGAAGUGCAUGUGUGUCAGCUAUGCAGGCGAACAAGAGCAGUGACUUGAUUUCAAUGUUGCCAACUUAAAUAUAUUGUUAUUGUAAUCUGUGACUUCUCUGAACAUACUUGGAACUAUUGUUUUUAAAGAUAAAAAAUAUAUAUUGAUGAAUAGUACCAACA